AUGUUUCUCUAUGGACCCCCGGGAUCUGGAAAGACUCUGGUCCUGACGCUCAAAGCGAAACAAUGGCUACUGGCUGGAAGAAUGGUUGUGUUGAUCAACUCCAGACCUGGAUCUACAACUGGAUUCCCAUAUGCUUAUGGAAUUUCUACCAGACUAAUCCAUAUGAUGUUGGAAUCCAAGGUUCCAAUGCAACAUUUGAGCAUGAUAAAUAUUGAUCCACUGAAUUUCCAAGAAAAAGAUUUAGACAGUGUUGUGUCUUCUUAUUGUGUUAUAAUGGAUGAAGUAACACCAUCGUCUCAUAAAGUCAUUGACAGCCUGUGCCGUCGACAGGUCAGCAACAUUUGGUGUGCUGGGCUUUUUCACGAGGAUCUACCAAACACAACUCAAGCUUUUGCUACACACAAGAUGGAUAAAAUCCUUCGAUGUCCUCCUGUGGUACAGUCUGUCCUUAGACAUACAGAAGAGGCUGUCAGACUACAGAAGCCGUAUGAGAAAGUUUAUCAGAGAAUUGUCAUGGAGCCAGAACAUUCUACGGUGCUGAAUAAUGACAAUUAUAACAAAUAUACUGAUACCAUACAAAAGAGUCGUGUUGCUUAUUACUCAGAACUUCAAAAAGGACAAAGGGAAUACAACAAAUCAGUAACAUCUAUGUACAGUCUUCUUUCACAUUUCCGACAGUUUACAAUGCAGGUUUCUAACAACCCUUCACAAAAAUAUGUUAAAAACAGUUUCAGAGCGUAUACCAGUGAUCGUGGCCAGAUUGUGGACAACAUAUGGACCAAACAUUCUUCCUUUUGUACCACAUAUCAGAAAGCAUAUCAGUCAACUAAAGAGUUGCGACCGGCAAUGGGCUUGUUACGUACUUCAGAAGCCAGACAGGUUUACAAGCAAAUGUUUCUGCUACCUGUACUUAGCAAAGACAGCAUUAGGAAAAUGAAGAGAGACAAUUCUUCGUGUUCUGAUAACAAACUGGGAGAAUCUUCUGACCUCAGUAAAGAAUUGUUGCUGAAAGAUAAAAGUUCGCUUGAUGACAUGCAUGUUUUUCAGCUUGCUCGGUUCUUUUCUGACCAUUUCUUCAAAACUGACAAGCACAGUGAGGAUUCUGAGACCUGCAAGAAACGUCUCGAUGAAGCCAUUCAGAUAUUCAAUGUUUAUUUUCUGAGAAAGUUUAACAAAGAGCUUCAGAUUGUUCAUGCUACUUCAGGUACCAGUCAGGGGGCUAAUUCAAACAAGCCAGAUUUAGCUACUAGCAGUACGAAUGUAGCAACUGAUGGUCUAAUUGAAGUAUCGUCAGAUCCAAGUCAGCAACAACAGCCAACUCAACAUUUGAAAGAGCUAAAUUCAGCCAGAAUCAGUACAAAAAUGGCAAAUGAUGACAAGGUCACAAGUUUGGGAACUGAGAAAGUGAAGUGUGACCCAGAAUCACUGAAUAAUCGACUUAUUUUAAAAUACAGUUCAAGGUGUGAAUUAAAAUCCACGACUGCUCCAGUGAGUGAAAGCGUUCCUCAAGACAUGGUUCCUCAAGAGGUUCAGUCAACGUUUAAUGAAGAUGUAAUGCAUGGCCAAAAGUCACUAGAAAAGAGACUGGCAGAAAAGUAUGGCAGUGAGCGACAUGUCAAAUCUGAGAUAUCUUUACAGAGUAAUAACGCUCAGUUUCCGUUCACUAUUGUUUCGGAUUCAGAAGCACUAAACAAAAGACUCACGGAAAAGUAUAGAGGUCACUUCACCGAAACGUCCCUAGAUUUGUAUCAGCAAGAAGCCACGAAGAAUAACAGACUUUGGCAAACAAAUAAUCAAGAAUGUAGCCUUACAAUCGUGGCUGCUACAGGGAGUAAAACUGUUUCACAAGAGUUGGCUCGUCACAAGAUUCAGUCAAAGUUUGAUGGUCUGAAGCACGACCAAAAGUCGCUAGAAAAGCGACUUGCAGAAAAGUAUGGCAGUGGACGUCAUGCCACAUCUACGAUGUCUUCCCUUGGAUGUAAAACUUGGUCUCAGUUUACCGUCUUGACAGAUUCAGAAGCACUGAACAAGAGACUCAUGGAAAAGUAUAGUGGUAGUUUCAUCAAAAGGCCCUUAGAUCCAUGUCAGCGAGAAGAAAAACUGAAGAGAUCGCCAUAUAAUACAAAUACCAUCAUGUAUGGGUCUAGGGGCCAAUCGAAUGGCUUACCUUUGGUCAAUCUGACUGCGGAUAACAAAUACAAAAUAAGCAAAAAUUCUUACAGUGCAAAAAGCAGCUCUGAUUUGCUGAAUACAAGAAUUCAGAAAUAUAAAAGAAGGAAUGUCCAGACUCCCAAACAGCUGACCACAGGUCAAUUUUGUGAUGGCCACAGUCACACAGAGAUGAGCCUACCAAGUGAUGGACCACAGCCGACAAUUAUUGACCAUGCUCUUCAUUCUAAAACUGGCGGUCCAGCUAAAUGCCAGGAGUGUGCUCAUGAAUUGUUCACAUUUCUGAACACUAUGGUCAGGCCUGAUGACAAGACAAUUUGUUCUAAAAGAAAACAUAAUUUCUAUGAAACAAAACUCAUAAAAAGAGGCUCAUCUGAGCGUGGUCAUUUUCUAUUGUCCAGUACGUCACCAAAAGGCUCAUUUUUUCAGAAACCUGAGGUGUUUGAGAGUAGAGCUUUAGCCUGGUCUGACGUUGUGAUAGUAGUGGAGGAAAUGGCUGAAGAUUCUGUCUUUGUCAAAGUUCUCAAAAGCAAAAACAUUCCAGUGGAAGUAUGCACAAGAGACAACGCCUGCAGAAUUGAAGACCCCAGGGAAAAGAAGCUGUUCAUAACCUCCUACAAAGAGACAACAGGAAUAGAAAGAGCUAUCAUCGUAUUUAUUCCAUCAGAAAAGCAAGUCAGUUCACAGCAGUUUCCUGUGAAAGUCAGCAAUAUUGACCUCAAACUUGCCAGCUGUAUCAGUCGUUUCUCUGAAAAUGACAAAUUAGCUCUGUGGUAUGUAGCUUCAAGGAGCCUGGCCUCGCUUGUUCUCAUCCUGCCCUGA